AUGUCGAUAGCUCAACCUCCUACACCUCAAGUAAUAGUUAGUCAGUUGGAAGAAGCUAAGAAACUAACGGUAUCAAAACCAGAAAUCUUUACCAAAAUUUAUAAACAAAUUUUACCAAUUAUAAAUAAUAAUCAAUCUAAUUUAAUUAAAAAAUGGGGAAUAGAUUUCAUACAUGGAACAUUAAUAACUGGUCAAAAUGGUGGAAAUUUGACUAUUAAUGAUAAAGUAGAUCUUGCAAUUGACUCUCUUGAUACUUUAAUUUUUCUAAUGAAUAUACCUAUAAACAUUCAACAACAACAACAAAUAACCAAUAAUCUAGAUCAUCAACAAGGUCAUGAUGUUAUAAGUUUUAAGAAUUUAAUCGAUAUAUCAUUAGUGGUUUACAAACUUGUGUUUAAGUAUAUUGCGGAAAAUGAUGGAUCAGUUCAAUUAUGGACAAAAUUAACUGAAUUAAAAAAUUCUUUAGUUAAUAAAUUUAAUACAAAUUAUCCAUUAGAAAAUUCGGAUAAUGUAGAACAUGAUUUAAUAAGAAAUAUUGCUACAAAAUUAGAAUUAUUGAAAUUUUUAAUGACUGUCAUUGAUUAUCAAAGUAAAACUCAAAUCGUUGGUGAACCUAUUGAAAAUCCUGGUUUUUCAUUAUCGAAUGUACCAGCUAAUCAUACAUUAAUUUCUUAUCAAAAUAUGGAAUAUGAAUCUUCUGCAUUGUUUAAUAAUUUAAUUUUGAAGGUAUUUAGUUUAGAUAUAAUGAUACCACAAUUGAUCUCGGCAACUUUAAAUCAUUGUGUUAUAGUAUUGAAAAAGAAACCUCAAUUAGCACCUUCAUUAUUAAAAGCCGUUGAAAGUUAUGAUUCAGAGACAAAAUUGCAAUCAAACUAUCAAUCAUUGGAACAGUUCAGAUUAUCCAAAAAAUAUGUUGAUAGAUCAAUAAGAAUAUUUUUAAGUCAUGCUAAACGAUGUGGAUUAGUACCGAAUCAAUUCAAAGAUUCUAUUGAUGCCAAAAUUGCUUAUUUGACAGAUCAAGGAAAUGAAAUUAAAAAGAAGAAUUUAUUCACUCUUGACUUACCAAGACCCAAUAAAAGAAAAUUUGAAGGUUUUUAUAAUCCUUCAAAAAAAAUCAAGAGCUUGGAUUAUAAAAGUCUAUAUACUUUACUAGAUCCAUCAAAUGGAUUGAAUCAAUUUGAUUUCAAAACAAUCCCACCACAAUUUUAUUCCAAGAUGGUAAUCAAUGCAUUGAAGAAAGCUUCGGUUCCAAAAUUGACUAAAGCGUUAGAAAUUGUUGGAGAAAGGUAUAAAGAUGCAUUAUCAAAUCCUCAAGUACCCAACAAAAAAUUAAAAUCAGAAAGUGGUACACCAGCAUUUGACAAUUUGAAAAACGAAGCUAAUGUGAAAACAGAACCAGGGAUUGACUCCAAUCAAGACCUCAAAAUAAAAAAAGAGGAAGACGAAGAUGAUGAAGAUCAAGAUGGAGAUGAUGAGGAUGCGGAGGAUGUAGAAGAACCAUUUUUUACACUACCCCCAGCCAAAGAUUUGUCAUUUGAAGAAAAAAAAGAGCAUUUUAAAAUAAUAAUAGAUAAUUUUUUCAAAUUAGCAAAACUAGAUUUGCCUGCAAAUACAAAUCCUGUACAAAUAAAGCAAGCAAUAACUAAGACUUCAAAUGGUACGGAUGUAACUAAAAAUAAAGAUCAAUUCAGCAAUGAAUUAACGGAUAUUGCCAUCAAAUCAUUCAAAAAAGACACAUGGGUUUUAUUGUUGACAAGACUAGCUACAAGAGGAAUGAGAACAAAUGCUGAAGAAGAUGAAAUAGAAGAUAAAUCACCAGAUGAUCAAGCUAAUGAGGAUUUAUCAAAUAUGAUAAGAGAUUCUUUAUUCAAUUAUUUUAUUGAAAAUAUUCAUUCAAGGGUAGAUGUAGUCAUUGAAUGGUUAAAUGAAGAAUGGUUUAGUGAACAGGCUUUUCAACAAGAUAGAAUUUUAUCAAAAUCAGAUAAUUCUGAAACUCAACCAAAUUCGAAAAUUUUAUUUCAAGAUGUUAAAACUCCAGUGUAUUACAAAUGGGCAAAUAAAGUAUUAGAAGCUAUGAUAAAUUAUUUAGAAGCAAAUGACAGAAAAAUAUUUUUAAGAUUAUUAAGUGAUUUACCAAUUUUAAAUGAAGAGAUGUUACAAAAGAUUAAAAAUUUAUGUUUUGAUCCAGAAAGGUCAUCUAUGGGAUUUUUAGCUUUUCAAUUUUUGAUCAUGUAUAGACCACCAGUUAAAGAAAUUUGUAUUAAUAUAUUGAAAGAAUUAAGUGAAAGUGAUCAAGAUGAUGUUAAAGAAGAAGCUAAAAAGAAAUUGGCCAAGGUUUGA